UCUGCCUCGGGACCCCACAGAGAGAACCGACCGCCGUCGACCUGCUGGUAGCCGUGCCAUCUCCGGUGAUUACCGAUUUCUGCACCCGCCGAGAAGCACUCCGGGCACAGCUCGAUAUCGGGACAGUCGGUGCAGCGAAGCCGCAAGUUUGUAACAUCUGCAAGGCAGUUAACGCAGUACUUUUUCCCCAGGUCGGCCAUGUUGCCUGGCUCCUGCUUCUUGUUGUUGGAGGCAGAAGUGCGCGCGUGCGCACUGCGAUCAUCGCCGCGCGACCUACUCACAUCCUGCUCUGUUAAUAUUCAUGAGCAGAGGUCAGGGCGGCUUGGAUUGGCUCCCUACACCAGUUUCCAGGACAACUGAAACAAAACGAACAGAUUCAUUCACUGCAGACUUGCACAAGCUGCCGAGCUUUACACAAAUUAAAUAAUAUUUUCUAUUCGAUUCUAUCGCUAUUGAAAAUGGAGGGCGAGACAGAAAAUGAGGUAAAGUACGAUUUCGGGACGUCAGCAGAUUCUUCGAAUGUGGAAAACACUUCUUAUACUAAUGGAAAUGGAAAUGAAAAAGAAAAUGUCCCAGCUACAAUAGCUGCAUCAGAUCAUGUUGAAGAAAACUGUGUCGCUAAAGAGACCCUCACUGAAGAAGCAGCUACAUCUGAGCCAUACGAGGAAAAAGGAAAAGAGUUCCUUGGUGUCCAUAACAUCAACACAACAACAAAUGAAGGUUCGCAUGGUAUUGACGUGGAUAUGAAUGUAGUCAAUGAACAGGCAAAGUUUCGAAAGGGGAGUGUAGUUUUUGAAAUAAAUAGCCAUGAUGAAGAUGGACCUCCCAGGUUGCCUCUUGAGGCCCUGGAGAGACUGAACACCACACUAGAAGAAAAGAAGGUUGGGGGAGAGCAAUCCAUUCCUGCUCCUGCUGAGAAUGAAGACCUCAACUAUGCAGAGUGCAUGCAGCUCCACCUGGAGCUGUGUGAGGAAAGAGAUAAAGCCAGCCAGCGCUGCUGCCUGUUGCAGAGGAAGUUGGCUGAGUUCUUCCACAAGAAGGCCAGAGUUGAUCCCCAGGUGAUACAGGUUUCAAAGGAGCUGCAGGAGUAUGAGAAGCAAAUAACCAUCCUGACAUACCUGAAACAGCAGUUUAUCACUUCUACAGAGACAUUUGGAAAGCAAGUAGAGGAGCUGAGGUUCAUUUCUGAAGAGAAGAGGGAAAAGGUGGGAAAUGAAUGGCAAUCAUUGAUGGCACUAAAGCAGGAUGUAGCUGUGACAGUACUGAGUCGACACCUUGGUAAACAAGCGGCUCAGGCCAAGGUGGAGACAGCCUUGGAAACAGAGAAGCUUCUACAGCACGAGCUGAACAGGCUGCGCCUCAAAAACAUCAAGCUGAGGGCCAACAUUCACAGGCUGGAGGGAGAACUUUGUGAAGGGGAAACACAUGCCAGGGACCCCCUACUUCUACACUUUGAUCUGCUGCAUGCUGAGAGGCUAGAGCUGAAAAAACACACUGAAAAGCAAAAUGAGGAAUGUUUAAAGACGCAGCUAAAGAUCAGAAGCAGCUUGGAGCUCCUGUCAAAUAUUAAGGAGAAAUUGUUAUGGAGUCAAAUGGAGGCCCAGGCCAAGCGAGAGCAGCUUGCCAUGUUGGAAGCAAUGGUGGCCAGGAAAAGGAACUUCCUCACAAGGACUAGGCAGGCACGCAACAGCCUUCAUAGCGACAACCUGCGGCUGAGAGAGCAUCGCGGACUGCUGGGAAACAGGGUCCUGCUGCUGGACUUUGAGGACACUGUGAACGCCUAUGAGUACAUGGAGGGACAACUAAAGGAUCUGAAGCGCCGGCAAGCUGAAUUGUCUUCAGUUGUGGCAGAUGGAAGAAGAAGUUGAUACAAUCUAAUUAAUGAAUGAAUAAUUAAUGAUCACACAAUACAAUAAAAUGCCAGAAUCAAAACAGCUGAGCAGGAGUACACUGACCAGGUUGACAUUGAUUUUCUGCACUAUGAAAAGUGGAAGGCUUAAGAACAAAUAAGUUAGGAAAAAAGACAACUCAAAUGUCCGCAAGUAAAUGUUCAUUUGAAGUAGUUCAAAUACUAUAUUGGACAAUACAAUGGUUAACACAGAGUUCAGACCAAAACAUCAGAUGUUAAAGGACUGAUAUUUUAUUUUUAUAAAUUGCAUACACACACACACACACACACACACACACACACACACACACACACACACACACACACACACACACACACACACACACACACACACACACAUAAAAGGUUUUCAAAUUAUUUUUAAUGUUAAAAAACAAAUCACUUUAAUAUCAGUUUAAAAUUGAUCAUUUACCCUGUACAAAUAAGUAUAUAGAGUAAGUAUAACUCAGAGAUCAGAAAAUUAUAAACUGCAGAAUGACAAUUCUAGAAUGUUGAAUGACUGUAGGAGCCAUCUUAUGUGUGUUGUUGUCAUUUCCAUUUAGUUUGUUUGUAUUUAUCUUGCAAUAUUAUUUUGAACACUUGUUGGCUGUGGUUAGUUGCACUGAGGUGUAUAAAUAGGGGUCAAAGGUAACAGGUAAGGGAACACAGGAUUAGGGCAAACAGUUCUUCCCAGACCACAGACACCGGAACAACAGACCAGGCAAAACAUAUCGUAUUUUAAACUAAACUGUAAAUAACCCUGAACUAAACUGCAUCUGCUGACCGGAAAACCAUCUUGUUUGUGUUUGCAUACGAUCACUCUCACCCUCAUCUGUGAUAUUAUGACACCACGGAAUGUUGAAGGACAAUUACAGAAUGCUGAAUGGAAAUUCUAGAAUGUACAAUGUGUGUUCUAGAAUGCCAAAUGACAAUUCUAGAAUGUUGAAUGACAAUUUUAGAAUUUUUAUAACAAACCUAGGAUGUUGAAUGGAAAUUGUUGAAGGACAGUUCUAGAAUGCUGAAUGGAAAUGUUAGGAUGUUAAAUGACAACUAUAGAAUUUAAAUAAACAUUCGAGAAGUUGAGUGACUAUUCAAGAA